AUGGUCAUAGACAUUUGGAGGAAGUGGAAGGCGUGUGAAAACAAGGACGAGUUUACUGUCAAACGAAAGGCCCAUAAUGUUCGUUCUUCAACCGUUAGGACCGCCGCCGUCAAGGAGACAGUCGACAAUGAUGGAAGCCAGAGCUACGCGAAGGUCACCGCCGACAUGGGCUGUCACAAGUCGACGAUCUGCCGAACGAUCAAGAAAGACAUUGGUUACUCCUCCUACCGCAAGUAUCACCGCAUGCUCAUCACGAAUGCCUCCAAGGAGUCGAGGAAGGUCAAGACGGCGAUCUCGUCCAUCCAGGGCUUCACCACGCUUCUCAGCACCUCCUUUGCUGAAGGAGCUCAAACACGGGUCCGCCGAGACGCUGAGCCAUUUCAUCUCUCACUCUCUCCCCACCUCUCUCCCCCCACACACACAGACUUUUUCUCUUUGUCAAGUACCUCGCCUCUUUCAUUUUUACCGUUUAUGCAAAAUGUUCUUCUACCAUCCCUCUUUCUCGCGCUUUUUGUCAUUCCUUCCAUUACUGUCACUCUCUAUCACUUUCAUCUCUCUCUCUCUAUCUCUCUCUCUCUUUGUCUCUGUCCCUGUCUCUCUUUCUCUCUCUCAAAAAUAUUUUCUAUCUAUUCUCUACCACCACCACCACCCCAUUUUAUAAAUAAAUUCGCCAGCUUUCACGAAAAAAAUUAA